UGAUGGUGCUGAUGCCAAAAACAAGAACAGCAAGGGACGUCGGCCAAGAGUGCUCCUGUCCUCCAGGGCCUCCAGGAAAACGUGGAAGGAUGGGACGAAGAGGAGAACCUGGACCUCCCGGCAAGUCUGGACGGGACGGAUACCCGGGUCCUCUUGGCUUGGAUGGAAAACCAGGUUUACCUGGUCUGAAGGGCAGCCAGGGACCAGCGGGACCCAAGGGAGAAAAGGGUGACCAAGGUGUCACUGGGCCACGGGGUCCUUCUAGCUACACACACUCAAAUCUGCACAGUAAUCAGAUUCUCACCGUCAAGGGUGACCAGGGUCAGGCUGGACCUGCAGGUCCUCCUGGUCCCCCCGGCCCUCCUGGUCCCCGCGGCCCCCCUGGAAACACGGGCAAAGAUGGACCCCGUGGCCCUAGUGGAGAGCAGGGUUUUCCAGGCCGUGAUGGCGCCGAGGGACAACAGGGAUUACCUGGAAAGCCGGGAGACGAUGGUACGCCAGGUUAUCCAGGGCCACAGGGUCCUGCAGGGACAAAGGGCGAACCUGGGUUUGGAGAAAAGGGAGAAAGAGGCAUGGAUGGACUUCCAGGGAUAAAGGGUGAUAAAGGUGAAGCUGGAUUGCAGGGACAACAGGGACCCAUGGGUUAUCCUGGUGAAAAAGGUGAAGCAGGUUCUUCAGACAUCAUUGACUUCAAUGGGAAACUCCUGGACGCUUUCCAGGGCCCGCCUGGACCACCUGGGCUCCCGGGCCCUCCAGGGGAGAAGGGUGAGCUUGGUUUACCUGGUCCAGCUGGAGUGGAUGGGGAAAAGGGUCCUAAAGGUGACUACGGUGAGACAGGACCACCAGGAGAGAGAGGGGAGAAGGGAGAGAUGGGGCUGUCUGGACCUGCUGGUGUGGACGGACAUAAAGGAGAGAAAGGAGACUGUCGACUGGACGACAACCUGGUUCAGAUGAUUUCCCAACCAGGUCUACCUGGUCCACCUGGACCACCUGGAAUGCCUGGAUCUCCUGGCUCUAUGGGUCUUCAUGGAAUGCCUGGUCCUAAGGGAGAGCCUGGAGUUGGCAUGAAGGGAGAAAGGGGAGAGCCUGGUCCAUCUGGACCCAGAGGCCUAGACGGCCAGCAGGGUAUAACUGGGUCUCAGGGGUUGGUGGGUCUGCCAGGUGCAAAGGGAGAAAAAGGGAGACCAGGAGAGCCUGGACUUGAUGGUUUCCCUGGAAUGAUGGGAGAUAAAGGGGAACGAGGAGAACGAGGAGAGAAGGGUGACAGGGGAUCUGUUGGGAAGAGGGGUCCCAAGGGCCACAAGGGGGAGCAGGGUCCUCCAGGCUUGGACCAGCCUUGCCCUGUGGGACCAGACGGUUUGCCGAUACCAGGCUGCUGGCACAAGUGAUGACUAACCAGCAGCAUCAAAUCUGUACAUAUUGAUCUGGUAUAUAUUGCAAGUGAAAACUACAACCAACAUCCCAGUGCCUCCCUUUCCUCACCCCUUCCACUCCCAUUUUCUACCAAAAAAAACAUUUAUAUAAUAUAUUGAUUUUUUUAACAGGGACAUUGUGAUUAUACAGUAUUAUAAUUCUUUUUAAAACUAGAGAUUCAGUGUUGUAGAGAAUGCAGCUGUGUUUGAAGAGACUGAACUCGCGGUGGGACUCUGGGACUGUCCACGUGACCGUGUUGGAUUGAAGAGUGCCUUACUAACAAAACCUGAUUUGCUGCCUGAUAGUAAUAAUGGGAGCGGUGGUGUGUGCACUCGCUCAAAUUUUGAGGAUGGAUGGACAGAUCUGUUGGCACAUGGAGGAGUGUGGAUCUGUACUCUCUUCUCCUCUCUGUGUUUUCUCGAAAGGAGGAUAUGGCCAGGCAGAAGCUCAUACGCAAACGUCUGUCUCAGCCCUGAAGGGCGUGCGGGGCCUGGUGAGGAAAGGACACGUUGAUGAGCAGAGAGCAGGAUUGACGGUUCGGCCUUGGUGAGGCAGAAGAGCUCUGUGUUGAAGUGAACACUCAGAUUCUCCCGUAUGAAAACUCUCCAGGAGAGGGCGACAGGGAACGCUGCGAUUCCACUUUCACCUGGGAAGAGAAAACACACACAUGAACUGACUGGUGUUACAGUGAUGUCACAGGCACAUAAGGAAGAAUUUACUGCACAGUGAUGUUCAACAUGUUGUGGUUUCCACUUGCGGUUAAAUGCAUUAUCAUUACGUGGCGCGGUUUUGCUAAGCAUUCUGGGAGUUUUUUUGGUUAUGUUGCCCCCUGAGAGAUGCAUCGAAUUUCUUUAUCUUUUUAUUUGCAUUAAACUCUCUUUAAUAGUCUUUCCAUUUGAACGAGCCACUCACAGAACGCCGAUCUUUUUAUUUUAUUUUUAUGGCUCACACUUCUGGUAGUGGUGGCAUGCUUGUCAUUUUAUUUGACUUUGGUGUAAUCUUUAAAUUUGUGAUGUUACAUUUUUGCAUUCCUGUGAAUCAACAUUUUUAACUUAGUAAAAAUUCAUGGCCGGGUUUGAAGGAACCAGUCACAGUAUUUUUAUUAAAUCAGUGUUGCAACCAGGGAGCCAAUCAGCUCCGAUCUGUUUCUGUUUCAGAUACCUUAACAACCGACUGAAGAUCAAACUAUCUUACUAAAAUGUUCCAGCGUGGCUUAACGUUAUUUUACAAUCACAGGUGGAGUCGUGUUUGAUUUCUAUUGCCAGUUUCUACUUCGUAUUUGUUGCUGCUGACUUAAAUGUGUGUUUUAUGGUUGAUUUUUUUUAUCUGAUAUUAAACAUUUGGAUUGAAGGACUGACAGAGAGAAGUAUGACAACUGUUGUUGGGUUUUUAUGGUUUUUAUUUUACAGAUACAGGAGUAGACCCUGGUUAUAAAUGUCGGUAUUUUGUUGCAAUUCUCAUAGGUACUUUUUUGUUUUUAAAAAAAACCUGUCAACAGAUGGUAUACAGUAGGCCCUUAUUAGUUAAAGGUACACCUUAAAGGGAUACACAUGGUCAAAUAGUGAUCUUAAUAAUUAUGUUCAUUUACAGUUGGAGAUAUUUUGUGGACUUUACUGCAUUUGAAUAAUGUGAGUUAUUUAGUUAUUUCAGGCAAAUGUGAAAAUCUCCAGAGCGCGACCAUUUUAAAAAGAUAACUCAUUCUACAGUGACUUUUUAUACAUUUAUAUUCAUAAAUAAUCAUCCAAAUUAUUCACUAUUCAAUUUUAGUACAUCUGACAAUAAAAUGUACCCACAUUUUACAGAGUGCACCUUUAAAUCCCAGCUAAUGGACACAUUUUAAGGGCCCUGAUUUAUACAAAACCAUGUAUAAAUUGUUGUUUGUUUUUGGUUUCUUCACAGAUGUUGUAACAAUGUUUGACAAACGGAAUCACAUGAAUACUGACACAUGGAUAAUUGUUAUAUCCAGAGGAGAAAAGUGAUGCACGAAAAACAGAACAAUGUACUUUUAUCACCUGAAUGUAACAUUAAUGCUUUUUUUAAAAUAACCGGCUACAAUGUUUGAAAUACCGUUUUUGUUUUUGUUCUGUUGGCAAACACAUGCAUAUACUUUAUAUAAGGAAAGUGUAUUUUCAUACUGGUUAUCUUUGUAUGAAUUCUAAAGUGUUCUAAAGUGACGACUGUGCUACAUUGCCAUUUAUUUGUUGGAAGAACUCCUUUGUCACAGUACAGUAAUGUUGAACUGAAGUCACAGUUAAUUUGUGUGGUUUAAGUGGUCCGUAAAAAUACUAAAACUGGAAUUUACUUUUUAGGUUUACAUUAAGUAAACUUGUGGUGGAAGGAUAACAAUGUCUGCUCAAAUCUGAAUAAAAAAACAUGAUUUAUUGGUAAGUUUGUCUUUUAAACUUAGUUUAAAAACUUCACUAAAACAAUGUUCAAGUUGUAGUCUAGGUGUUUUGGGUUUUUUUAAAGUAAUUGAAUUAGUUGCUAGUCAUUAACAAAUGACAGUAAGUCAGAGUAAGUGACAAAAAAAAUUGUGAAAGUGAUGAGUGAGACUUUUUUUUAAAGCGGAAUGGUUCUGAUUUCACUGGGAACUGAUGGUUAUCUGUCACUUGUGUUUAUUUCUUUUUGCAGAUUCUAUCAGCUGAGGUUUUAAAAGUGUGAUGAGGUCAAUAAAUGACAAAACAUCUGAGUACACUUUGGUGUUUUGGCAAACCACGUUUUGACAGUAUUAGUGUUGACUUCAUGAGAAUGUCUUUCGGUUGUGUUGUUGGUUGUAAGAGAAUUAAGCUAUUUUUGUAAUUACUUGUCAAAUAUGUAUAACUUGAAAUGUGUUCAACUAAACUCUGUUUUUGUUUUUUGGUUUCUUGUCCAUUAAAACAUAUGUAAUGUAAACUAAGUGUUAUUUGGAUUCUUUUAAUUAAUUUAAUUUAGUUUCUACAUUCACCACACAUUUGUAUAGACUGUAUGGGAGAUGUUUCAACUGGGGUUGUCAAAAAAAUUAGAUUUUUGUAUGAGAAGUAAGCUGUGGGCUAAUGAUUAAUCAGAAUAAAUUACAAUGAAUCAGAAAAUACUAUUUGUUGCCUACCUGUAUUUAGCAGUGGACAGAACAGCUGCGCAGUCUCUGCACAGUGACGGAUCUGGAGCUAGUGUGUUAGCCAUUACGCUGCAUCAGUG